UGUACUUGAACGAGCGGCACCUGCUUUCUCUGCCUGUGACAUUUCCACCUUGCCCCUUAGCGGCCCCACUGUGGGUCCGUCUCCUUCCCGCGCUCUCAUUGGAUGCCUCACAGAGAGGAUGGAGGGCUGUAGCCAGGGGAAGAGCAGCUGGUGAAUGAAGGGAAAGUCCUGCAGCUUGAGGAGAGCGAUAAAUCGUAUCUGUUGCCCUGUCACUGGGGAGGCAGCAAUUCCCACAGCCUUCCUGUAUCUCAGCGCCCUGACGUGAAGAACAAACGUGCCGGCAUUUAUACAGAAGCAGCGUCUCCUAAAUCGUCAGCCAUGCCUGCAGGAAGCAACGAGCCUGAAUGUGCCCUGAGCUACCAGAGAUCUGAUGAAGAGGCCAUUGUGGAUCAGGGUGGAACGAGUUCAGUACUUAAUAUUCACUAUGAAAAAGAAGAACUCGAAGGCCACAGGACCUUGUAUGUGGGAGUGCGAAUGCCAUCGGGGCGCCAGAGUCAUAGACAUCAUCGCACCCAUGGACAAAAACACAGAAAAAGAGAUAGAAUGAAAGGAGUUAUUCAAGAAGAAGGCCAUGAUGAUUCAUCAGCUCAUGAUACACCUUCCCAGCGAGUGCAAUUUAUCCUUGGGACAGAGGAUGAUGAGGAGCAUGUACCCCAUGAACUUUUUACUGAACUGGAUGAGAUUUGUGUUAAAGAGGGUGAGGUCACAGAGUGGAAAGAGACAGCAAGGUGGCUAAAGUUUGAGGAAGAUGUUGAAGAUGGAGGUGAACGAUGGAGUAAACCCUAUGUGGCUACUCUUUCCCUGCAUAGCCUUUUUGAAUUAAGAAGCUGCAUCAUUAAUGGAACAGUUCAGCUGGAUAUGCGUGCAAACACCAUAGAAGAAAUAGCAGACAUGAUAUUGGACCAUCAAGAUUCAGCCAAUGAAUUAGGCGAUAACAUCCGUGUGAAAGUAAAAGAAGCUCUUCUGAAGAAGCACCACCAUCAAAUUGAGAAGAAACGCAACAACCUUAUACCAAUGGUGCGUUCAUUUGCUGAGGUUGGGAAGAAGCAAUCUGAGCCCCAUUUAUUAGACAAGAAUAAUCUGUCUGUCUCGCCACAGCCUACUCCCUCUACGCUGGAUGUUAAAAAUGGGGGGAGUCAUGAGAACAGCAGUUCUGUAGAUUUAAGCAAGGUGGACCUUCACUUCAUGAAAAAAAUACCUACUGGUGCCGAAGCUUCCAAUGUUCUUGUUGGGGAGCUUGAUUUUCUAGAAAGGCCUAUCGUGGCAUUUGUGAGGCUUUCUCCAGCUGUUCUUCUCACUGGACUUACUGAGGUGCCAAUCCCUACAAGGUUUCUUUUCAUCUUGUUGGGACCUGUAGGAAAAGCUCAGCAAUACCAUGAAAUUGGCAGGUCAAUGGCAACAAUAAUGACUGAUGAGAUCUUUCAUGAUGUUGCUUACAAAGCAAAAGACAGGGGGGAUUUGUUAGCAGGGAUUGAUGAGUUUUUGGAUCAAGUCACUGUGCUCCCCCCUGGUGAAUGGGAUCCAUCCAUUAGAAUUGAACCACCAAAGAAUGUCCCAUCUCAGGAAAAGAGGAAAAUGCCUGGUGUUCCGAAUGGAAAUGCUUGCCAUGUGGAACCAGAGCCAGAACCAGAGCAUAGUGGACCUGAACUCCAACGCACAGGAAGGAUUUUUGGAGGUCUAGUAGCAGACAUAAAACGGAAAGCUCCAUUUUACUUGAGUGACUACAGGGAUGCCCUUAGCUUGCAGUGUGUGGCUUCAUUUCUUUUCCUCUACUGUGCCUGCAUGUCUCCAGUGAUUACUUUUGGAGGUUUGCUUGGAGAAGCUACAGAAGGUCGCAUAAGUGCUAUAGAAUCUCUCUUUGGUGCUUCUAUGACAGGAAUAGCAUACUCCGUAUUUGCUGGACAACCUCUCACUAUACUUGGAAGCACAGGGCCAGUGCUGGUGUUUGAGAAGAUUCUGUUCAAAUUUUGCAAAGAAUAUGGCUUUUCAUAUCUCUCCUUGAGAGCCUGCAUUGGACUGUGGACAGCUUUCCUCUGCAUUUUUCUUGUGGCUACAGAUGCCAGUUCUCUAGUCUGCUAUAUCACACGCUUUACAGAAGAAGCCUUUGCCUCGCUAAUUUGCAUCAUAUUUAUCUAUGAAGCCAUCGAGAAGUUAAUUCAUUUGGGUGAGACAUAUCCGGUGAACAUGCAUUCUCAACUGGACAAACUUACUCUUUAUUACUGUAAGUGUGCUGCUCCUGAAAAUCCAUCUAAUGACACUCUACUGUACUGGAGAGAAAAUAACAUCACUAUUUCAGAAACAGACUGGGCCAACUUCACAGUUAGUGAGUGCAAUACAAUGCAUGGGGAGUUUGUGGGGUCUGCUUGCGGACACCAUGGGCCAUAUACUCCCGAUGUUCUCUUCUGGUCCUGCAUCCUGUUUUUCACCACAUUUGCAUUGUCUAGUGCAUUGAAGACAUUUAAAACAAGUCGUUACUUUCCAACUAAGGUUCGCUCCAUGGUGAGUGAUUUCGCUGUCUUCCUUACUAUUCUGACAAUGGUAGUCCUAGACUACUUUAUUGGUGUGCCAUCUCCUAAGCUUCAGGUUCCAAAUGAGUUUAAGCCAACCCGAGAUGACAGAGGAUGGUUUGUGAAUCCAAUUGGACCAAAUCCUUGGUGGACUGUGUUUCCAACAAUAAUCCCUGCACUUUUGUGCACAAUUCUAAUAUUCAUGGAUCAGCAGAUAACUGCAGUGAUUAUCAACAGGAAAGAACAUAAGCUGAAAAAAGGAUGUGGCUACCAUUUGGACCUGCUAGUGGUGGGACUUAUGCUCGGAAUCUGUUCAAUAAUGGGAUUGCCUUGGUUUGUUGCAGCCACUGUCCUCUCUAUUACGCAUGUCAACAGCCUUAAGUUAGAGUCAGAAUGUUCAGCCCCUGGAGAGCAGCCUAAAUUUUUGGGGAUCCGUGAACAGAGAAUCACAGGCCUAAUGAUCUUUGUGCUGAUGGGUUGUUCUGUGUUUAUGACUACUGUGCUAAAGUUUAUCCCAAUGCCAGUUCUGUAUGGAGUAUUUCUCUACAUGGGAGUCUCGUCACUGCGAGGUAUUCAGUUCUUUGAUCGCCUGCUGCUCUUCGCAAUGCCAGCAAAACACCAGCCUGAUUUCAGCUACCUGAGACAUGUUCCUUUACGCAAAGUUCAUCUCUUCACCAUUAUACAGCUGACCUGCUUAGUAUUACUGUGGGUCAUUAAGGUUUCCCGGGCUGCUAUUGUUUUCCCUAUGAUGGUCCUUGCAUUAGUGUUUGUCCGCAAAGUCAUGGACUUCUGCUUCUCUGAUCGGGAACUGAGCUGGCUUGAUGACUUGAUGCCAGAGAGUAAGAAAAAGAAACUGGACGAUGCAAAAAACAAAGCUAAAGAAUUGGAGGAGUCUGAAAAGAUGCUACAUGAAGGAGAGGACAAAGGAGUUCAACUUCCCCUGGAAACCAGAAAUUUGCUCAGUAGCCCAGGGAAAAACAAUAAUUCAAGAGGUGAUCCAUCUGAAAUAAAUAUUUCUGAUGAAAUGCCUAAAACUACAGUAUGGAAGGCUCUCAGCAUGAACACAGAAAGCUCAAAAUCAAAGGAUAAAAGUUUUUUUUAAAUAGACGUCUUGGCAUAGGAAGGACUGUGUAAAAUGUCAGAUGACUCAGGGAAGUGCCAAGACCCAGCGGCAUACGGCUUUGAAGAAAUGUUUCCAGUACCUUCUUCAAAGAAGGAUUCAUGUUAAAGCCAUCAGAAAAAUGUUGUUAGAUAAAUAUAUUUUGUUUAGUUUGAAGUGUGUGCUUUAACAAGUUCUUCACACUGUAAGUGUUAUGGUGUGAGGGGAUUGAAGGUAGAUAAUUUACCUUUGUAAAACCUCUGCCGUAUAAGUUUCACUUAUGUCGGCCCUUUGAAAAUUCCAUGAAUGACAAAAUAGUGUUUGAUUAUUGAUAUUCAUACACUUAAAAGUCUUGAAAGCUGAAAGAUAUCGUU